AUGCCGCCUGUGGAGAUUCUACCAUGCACGGGCUCAAGGAAGAGGAGUAUAUUUGAGAAAGAAGACAGUGUCGCCGGUCGGAGAUCGGCAGCUGACGACGGCCGGAAGGGGUUGGGGUUUUGCUUCGCCGGCGAGAGGGAAAUUAGAUCGCGGGAGAAACUUCAGCUAAAUAUCACAACCCGAGUUCCAAUAUCAACAAAGAAGAUCAACAAGAGGAAACACUUUAGAGGCUCCAAUGCAUCAAACAUGCAAGCUGUGAGGAGAACGAGGCAGCAUGAAUUAAAAUCAUACUUUAGAUUAAUAGAUUCAAAUGGAGUUAUUUCAAGCAAAAGUGAAAGUGAAAGUGAUGAUAGAGAAGAAGGCAAAAUGUGUGAUGGUAUUGAUGUUGAUGACAGUUUAGAUGAUUCAGUGACAUCAAAAUCAAGACCAAUUAGAUAUGAAGAUGUAAAAGAAAUAACAAUUUGUAGAUCAAAGCUUGCUAAAUGGUUUAUGGAACCCUUCUUUGAAGAAAUUAUUGUUGGAUGUUUUGUUAGAAUUGGCAUCGGGAGGACUCGUAAUGGUCCUAAAUACAAGCUUUGUGUGGUUAAAAAUGUGGAUGCAACUAAUCCAAACCGGAAGUAUAAAAUUGAAGACCGCACCACUUGUAAGUGGUUGAACUGUGUUUGGGGGAAUGAAGCAUUUGCAGCUAGAUGGCAAAUGGCUAUGGUUUCUAACCAUCCACCAACUGAGCAAGAAUUCAAGGAAUGGUUAGGAGAAACAGAGCGAUGUGAGCGCGAUAUUCCUUGUCGACAAUAUGUUCAUGAUAAGAUUGAAGAGAUUAAAAAAACUAGUGCUUUUAUAUGUUCACCGAUACUAUGA